GUCGCUCAAAACCCUAGCUCUAAAAUCACUACCCCUAGUAUAAAAAUCUGUAAUCUCUCUGCUCGCGAAAGGGGCACCCUCCAGUUGCCAAUCGGAGAGAGAUAAAAAGAGAGAGAAGAGAGAGGACACAGAGAGACGUAUCAAUGGUGUCGUUGAAGCUCCAGAAGCGGCUUUCCGCGAGCGUGCUCAAAUGUGGCAAAAAGAAGGUCUGGCUCGACCCUAAUGAAGUUAGCGAAAUCUCCAUGGCCAACUCCAGGCAAAAUGUCAGGAAGCUUGUUAAGGACGGUUUCAUUCUUAGAAAGCCAACAAAUAUUCACUCUCGAUCUCGUGCUCGUAGAAUGAAGGAGGCCAAGAGGAAGGGUCGUCACUCUGGAUAUGGUAAGCGUAGGGGUACUAGAGAGGCUAGGCUCCCCACAAAAAUCCUCUGGAUGAGGAGAAUGCGUGUGCUUAGGCGUCUGCUUCGCAAGUACCGUGAGUCGAAGAAAAUUGACAAGCACAUGUACCAUGACAUGUACAUGAAGGUCAAGGGUAAUGUCUUUAAGAACAAGAGAGUGCUUAUGGAGAGCAUCCACAAGUCUAAGGCUGAGAAGGCUAGAGAAAAGACUCUGUCUGACCAGUUUGAGGCUAAACGUGCCAAGAACAAGGCAAGCAGGGAGAGAAAGCUUGCUAGGCGUGAGGAGCGGUUUGCACAGGGACCUGGAGAGAAGGCACCUGCUGCACCCACACCCGCACCCCAACAAACCGAGGUUGCCAAGAAAACCAAAAAGUGAUUACUGAAAGUCACCCAAUAUGAGCACUGAAGAACAUAAGUCGUACAUGUAAAACGCUCUUGAUUUUUGUCAGUAGAAGUUUUCUUUUUUUAUGGCAUAGUUUAUUUUCAUGUAAACCAUUAAACUUAAUGAGGUCUGGUAAUUUUGUUUUUGUUUUCCCAACUGCUGGAUUAUGUGUUUGUGAGAUUUUAAGAAUUAUAUGGAUUCUUCAUUUGUUUA